UCCUCUCCAUCUUCACGGAGACUUCCAAACCUUGCGUUCUUCUUAUUUCUUAUCACUCUGGUGCGAGGGCUUCCCAGAGAUUUUUCCUGCUACAUUUGUGCCAUUAUCUAUCAAAACCAUCUACCUGUCCCUCCCGGAUUGAGAUUGUUCCCUGGCCUUACAGUCAGCCUUCUUUGAAGGUUUCUACCUGCACCUUCUGACUCCUUGACAGUUUUCUUGGGACACGGCUCAAAGAUGCCAGAGCCCACAAAAAAAGAUGAGUCGCCAAAUGGCCAGCCAGAAGAAAGUGUUGCCCAAGAAAGUAAUGGUGCCCCAAACCUACCUGAGAUUUCCCUGGAGGUUUCUCCACCCCCAGAGGCAGUAACAGAGAUGAAAGAGCCGGUAGAGGCUGAUGGGAAGAAGCCAGAGCCCACAGAGCCUGAGCCAACACAGGCUGUGGUGGCUCAGGAGCCCAACACUGUCGAGAAUGACUCAAACCAUCCAGAACCUAGUGGGGUUGGGGCAACAGAGCAAGCAGGUUCUGCUAAGUCUGCUGCAAAGGAAGAUAGCUCUUGCUCUCCCCCACCACCUGAUGAUGAUAAUGCUGCAACCACUACCCCAUCCCCAACACCCCAAGCAGAAGACGCCAGUACAAUCAAGAAACUCUCAAUUGACCUACCUAAUGAUAGCGUCCCUGUGCCAGCCACGGGGAGAAAAGACUCAGUCUGGUCUCUGGGAGAGGGUCAGGCCCCAGAGGAUGUGGACAAGCCGAUUGAUCAUCCACCACAGUCCACCCUGCUGAUCGAGAUGCCCCAGAGUGGAACUGUCCCAGUGGGCGGUGACAUCACCUUUGUUGCCAAGGUGGAAGCCAAAGACCUUCUUCGCAAACCCACUAUUAAGUGGUUUAAAGGGAAAUGGAUGGAUCUGGCCAGCAAGACCGGAAAGCACCUACAGCUUAAGGAGAGCUUUGAUCGAUUCACCAAGAUCCACACUUUUGAGAUGCACAUCAUCAAAGCCAAAGAGAACUAUGCUGGAAAUUACAGGUGUGAGGUGACCUACAAGGACAAGUUUGACAGCUGCUCCUUUGACUUGGAAAUUAAAGAAGUUGAGCAGGGCUCACAAAGUUUUGAUAUCCGAUCAGCUUUCAAAAGAAGCAGUGAAGGACAAGAAGAUGCAGGCGAGCUUGACUUUAGUGCUCUCCUUAAACAUAGAAAUCAAAGGGAGCACAAACAGCAAGAUGAAGGUCCAGACGUGGAUGUUUGGGAGAUCCUGAAGAAUGCCCGGCCAGAUGAAUAUGAGAAAAUUGCCUUUACAUACGGUAUCACAGAUCUGAGGGGUCUGCUAAAGAGGAUGAAAAAGAUUCCCAAAGAGGAGAAAAAGAGUGAAGCUUUUGCAAAGAAGUUGGAGUCAGCAUAUCAGGUGGAUAAAGGUGGGAAGAUCCGCUUGGUGGUUGAGCUGGCCGAUCCCACAGUUGAUCUGAAGUGGUACAAGAAUGGACAGGAAAUCAGACCCACUCCCAAUCAAAGGAAGUAUAUUUUUGAGCAUAAAGGCACACAAAGGAUUAUGGUCAUCAACAACUGCACAGGUAAUGAUGACGCCGCCUAUUCGGUAGUUGCAGGUGAUGAGAAAUGCGCCACAGAGCUGUUUGUCAAAGAGUUACCAGUUAAGAUUGUUAAGGGUAUUGAGCCUGUAAAGACCACAGUGAACGAGAGGAUCGAGCUGGAGUGUGAAGUGUCAGAGGAAGGCGCACAAGUCAAAUGGAUGAAGAAUGGAGUCGAGGUUCCAACAGGAGUGCGCUCAAGAUAUCGAGUUAAGUGCGAGGGAACCAAACACUACUUGGUGAUUGAUGAUGCUUCCAGAGAUGACACUGGCACAUACUCCAUCAUGGCCACUGGUGGCACAUCUGAGGCUCAAGUUCAAAUUGACUUGAAACCACUGAAGAUAUUCCAGGACCUGCAGGACAUGACGGUGAUGCUGGGACAACCCUUCAAGCUAAACUGUGAAAUCUACCCUGGAAACGUUCCAGGACGUUGGUACAGGAAUGGACAGCUGAUCCAGGCCAGCGAUCGCAUCAAUAUCGUUCAUAAGAAUAAAGUUCACCGGCUUGAAAUCGAGGCAAGCUCCCUUCACGACGCAGGAGAUUACACUUUUGUACCUGAGGGAUAUUCCCAGAGCCUUUCUGCCAAGAUCCACAUCAUUGACCCUCCACGAGUACACCUGGAAAGCUUGAACUUCCCAGACAACACAGUUGUAGUAGUGGCCGGUAACAAGCUUCGCUUGGAGAUCCCCAUCAGUGGAGAACCAGCACCCAGAGUGGUGUGGAUGAAGGGAGAAAGGGUGAUCCUUGAUUCGGGCCACCGUGUCCGAGCUGAAACGUUUGGCGACCAGACGAGCCUGACAAUUGAGGUUACGGAGCGGGAGGACUCGGGCAACUAUAAAAUAGUUUUGCAGAAUGAGGCUGGUGAGGCCUCAGCCAGCGUCAAGAUCAAGGUUGUUGACAUUCCUGACCCUCCUGAUGCACCGUUGGUUCCUGUCGUGGGUGGUGAUUGGUGUUCUAUGACAUGGGAGCCACCAAAAUAUGAUGGAGGUUCACCAAUAUUAGGCUAUUUCAUUGAGAGAAAAAAGAAACAGAGCUCCAGAUGGAUGAGGCUGAACUUUGACCUCAUUAAAGAAACUACAUUUGAACCCAAGAAGAUGAUUGAAGGAGUGCCAUAUGAAGUGCGCAUAUUUGCGGUAAAUGCCAUUGGCGUUUCCAAACCCAGUGAACCAUCCAAAGCUUUUACUCCCCUCGCCGUGACCAGUGAGCCCACCAUGCUGGUUGUGGACGACGUCACCGACACCACAGUGACCGUAAAGUGGCGUCCUCCGGAAACCAUUGGAGCUGCUGGGCUGGAUGGAUACUUAGUGGAGUACUGCAUAGAAGGAAGUAAUGACUGGGUACUGUCCAACAAGGAACUGACAGAGAAAACAAAGUACACCAUCACCGGGUUGAGCCCUGGGUGCAAAAUUUUAGUUCGGGUCAAAGCUGUCAAUAAAGCCGGAGCCAGCUCUCCACGGACUCUUCAACAUGCUAUCCUGGUCAAAGAGGUUGUUGAACCCCCAAAGAUUCGCGUACCAAGACACCUAAAACAGACAUACACUCGCAAAGUUGGUGAAGUAGUCAACCUUGUGGUGCCUUUCUUGGGCAAACCCCGGCCGAAGGUCACCUGGCUGAAGGAGGGUCAGCCCAUUGAACCUUCUCACGUCAGCAUUCGCAACACAGACUGUGAUAGCAUCAUUUUCAUUCGCAAAGCAGAGCGAAGUCACUCUGGGAAGUAUGAGAUGAAAGUGCAAGUGGAAAACCACGUGGACACAGCUGUUAUUGACAUACAAAUUGUAGAUCUACCAGGACCUCCUCAGAGUGUAAUUAUUGAAGACGUAUGGGGAGAAAAUGUAGCUCUGGUCUGGACCCCCCCAAAAGACAAUGGAAAUGCUCCAAUUACAGGCUACACCAUUCAAAAAGCAGACAAGAAGACAAUGGAAUGGUACACAUGCAUUGAGCACUACCACCGCAACUGUAUCACCAUCACAGAGCUGGUGGUCGGGAACGAAUACUACUUCAGGAUCUUCUCAGAGAACAUGUGUGGUCUGAGUGAAACUGCUACCCAAACAAAAAACAGUGCUCUCAUCAUGAAAGAAGGCAUGCAGAUGAAAGCUCCAGAGUACAAUGACCCUGACUACAAGGAGGCGCCAAAGUUCACACAGCCGCUUAUCAACAUUUUUGCCGUCGCUGGGUACAACGCUACCCUGAACUGUAGCGUCCGUGCCAACCCAAAGCCCAAAGUGAUCUGGAUGAAGAAUAAGAUGAUGAUCCUUGAUGACCCGCGCUAUCGUAUGUUUAGCAAUCAAGGAGUCUGUACUCUGGAGAUCAGGAAGCCCAGUCCUUUUGAUGGUGGCUUGUACACCUGCAAGGCCAUCAAUGACUUGGGGGAGGCCCAAGUGGACUGCAAGCUGGAGGUCAAAGGAGGCUUCACCUUCUACGAGCUCAUGCAACGCGGAGUGCCUCUACACCUGAUUGAUAAGUACAUGAACGAGACAAAGGUUGUUGAGCAAGAGAAGUAAGACUGCACGCGGAGCAAAAAGACACUUUGCAGGCAUCAGCCGCCAUUAGCGACCCUGUUCUUUCACCCUCUGAUGCCGGCCUACUGAUAAAUGAUGAAGGGAUGAUGGGGGUAAGGGGGAGGGUGCGCUGCUCUGUAGUGUGGCAUGUUGUGUGCAGGUUUGAAGCUUGAAAAAAGGCACUUCAUCUUUUUUGUCACGUUGUUAUGUUUGACUUUGUGUCAGCUCAGAUGCAUGUCAGCAGUGUUUUGGUUCUAGCUUUUAUAAGGACAUGUUGUGUACAAAAAAAUAAUCAAAUUACACAUAGCACCAAUACAUCAACAGUAUUUAAAAGUGGAUUUUUUUUCUUUUAUUUUGUGGGGUAAAGUUUGCUGAAGAUUAUAUUUUUUUUGUUUGGGGUCUGCAAGAAAAGAAACAGGAAUGUAAAAACAAGUCUUGGUGCGGGUAUGCUGUCAGUGUAUAUCUGUAUGGCAAGAAAAAAAUAACAGACUUAAGUAAUGUUGGAAAAAGAAAUGUGUUGUUUUGAAUCAUUAGUUUUUUCUGUGUAGGUUAAAUGUGUGAGAAAAUGUAGAGGUUUACAUACUUUCCAUCUUCUGCAUGACACAUUGUGAUCUUUGGACUCAUAUUUGGCUGAGAUUUGAACGAGGUUCAAUCAUACGUGCAUGCCUUUACCUUUGUAAUUAUGACAUGUGGAUUGCAAUAAACCUUACAUUGAGAA